UGGCAACUCAUGGUGCUGCGUGGGAGCAAUCAAGUCGCGGCGGCGGCGCUGUUCCUGUUUGCCGACGAUCUACCGCGGCCCACGACAGCGUCUGCAGCGCCCGCGACAUUGACGAGGAAGAAGACCAAGGCACCACCACGCAAGCUGAAAUCACCAGAAACGUUGCCGCCAAACGAGUUGAGACCCAACGAACAAUAUGCCGACCAACUCACGGGAUUGAUGGGCAAAGAGCGCAAGCGGUUGGCGCAGCAAGUUCUCGUUGCGGCCGAGAAAGGCAACACAAAGGCGAUCUACUUGUUGCUGCAUCAGCGCAUGCUCACGCCCACCCACUGCAUCGGCAUGAAAGGGUUUUCCCCACUACAUCAUGCCUCGUCCCGAGGUCACUUGGAAAUCGCGCAACUGUUGCUGUCGUUUGGAUGGCCCGUUGACCACACAAACGACAUGGGCGAAACGGCAUUGCAUUUGGCAUGCUACGGUGGUCAUGUGCACGUCGUCGAGUGUUUCCUAGACAAGGGAGCCAACAUCCACGCCGUAAACAAGGAUGUCGAAACCGCGCUUUUCUAUGCCGCCCGGAAAGGCCACUUUCGCGUGGUGCGGCUGUUACUCCGUCGGGAGGCCGACAUGACCCGCCGCAAUCGAUUCGACGACCUGCCCGAGGACGAAGCAUCCAACGACGUCACUCGUCUCGAGUUUACGACAUCCAAAGAAGAGAACGCCCGCCGCCGCCUGGUGCUUCGAUCCACAGCUCCCGAUGGCGACGCGGCCCUGCGGUCUGCUCACCGCGAAGCCAUCCUCUCGUUCCUCGACACUAGGUCGUUGGGCAUGGCCAUGCAAGUGUGCUUUCGCUGGUAUCGGGCAGCUGAUACCCCACGCCUAUGGAAAUCCCUGGGAGUAUCACGAUGGGAACUCAGCCUCAACAAGAGUGUGGGCUUGGGCGUCGUCGCACCCAUGACGGGGUACCGGCCGACCCCGCGACGGCGUCCUUCGACGACUAGCGGCACGUCCACCGAGGCCAUGCUCAAUGCGACGGGGCACUUGGGGUACCAUCAUGCGAUUCCGUCCAAGUUGCAACUACAGCAUCACCAACAAGUACAGCAGAGGCGACAGGCCGACAAGUCGGCGGCGACGGCCUUGCCACCGCGCCGCCCCCAGACCGCCAUGCGUCUUGUGCAAUACCGAUGAAAAUGACGAGACUCAUUUGUUUCAUUUAUAGAAUAUCAUUUUAAAUAAGGAAGUAUUCAGAUGCAACGGAUAAACGCGGGUGUCGUGGCGGCGGCAGGAAUCCGCGCAUAAAUAUCGUUGAAUCGAUACAACGUCCGAGGACGCAUGAUCUUGUGGCGCGGGGAAUGCGACCGAGUCGGCGAGGGUGGUCGCAACGACGCAGACUCUUCAUGGAGGAGGAGCGCCAAGAGAAAUUUGGCGUACUGCAACACCGACGUCAUGGAGAGGCGCGCGCGCGGGUCGACUAGAAGCAUUUGCUCGAGGAGCGGCACGAAGGCUUCGGGAACAAGCGCUGCCCACUGCGGCAUAUGAUGGAGGACGCCGCGGAAGCCUUGUUGAACGAGAAUAGGGUAGAUCGGGUCGCGAACGACUGAGUCGUCCAGGAGAAAGUCACCCGUGAGCAUGGCAAAGAACGUCAUCGCAAGGGCCCACACGUCCGCAGCCGCGGGGUCCCAUGGCAAUCCAGUGAAGAUUUCCGGCGCCAUAUAGUUGCGCUUGCCACCAGCCCAGGUCGUAGGAACAUGGAGCGGAACCGCCGCGCCAAAAUCCAUGAGUUGAACUUGCAUGUCCCGGCCAAGAAGGACGUUUUCUAAGGACAGAUCGCCGUGCGCGUACCCGAGCGCGUGGAGUGUCACAACCGCCGACGAGAGUUGCUCGAGGUACACGAGGGACAUGUGGGUGCCAAUGCGCUUGUUUGCAAGGACAAGGUCGAAUAGAUCGCCGUUCGGACAGUACUCCAGCACGAGGCACACGUGCGAGUCGUCGUCGUGGAUGCAUUCGAGAAGGGGCAGAAUGUUCUGGUGUCCUCCUGCGGCAUGGAGCAUGUGGUAGAUCGCACACUCGACGCCGGCGUCCACGGGGGUGCUUUCAUUCCGCUUCAGCACUACGUCCAUGUCCGUGCACAGGUCACGGCACAAGAUCACGUCUGGCGGCGCCAGCGGCCGCACCUGUACAUAUCGACACGUUGCCAUCGCUCCAAGAAUUGGAAAAUGAGACCAAGAACAUGAC